UCACUCUCAAUUUAUCAUCGCUCUAGCGUCAUAAGCACCGGCUGACUUUCCCAAUAGUUAAAACGAUGUGAGCACCACUGAGAAAGCCCUCUCAGUAGUUCAAAUUAAAUGAAAACAAUGGCAGCUUGCGUCAUUAAACGUUUCCCAAAGUCCUUGCUUCUUGCAAAUUUGAAAUAUGAUGUUCAUGGCUGUCUGAUGCUGACAGCAUCACUUAAGCUGAAAGUCCCUCCAAAUUAUGACCAUGUGGUUUACCCCGAGCGGCGAAGGCUGAAGAUCAUGGAGAAGAUCCCGCCACUAGACGCUGGUGUUCGCCCCCCAAAGAUGAUGAAAGAUCUGCACCUGAUGCGGGGGCCUGAGACGGUCCACAACAAACUGCAGUACGGAGACUACGGCAUCCAGGCUGUGACUGGCGGCAGACUCAAGCACAAGGACUGUGAGGCCAUCCGUAUGAUCAUUGUCCGACAGAUGGACGAGAGGAAUAUGUUUGCAAUGUGGCGAAUCACAAACCUGUGGCAGUCGGUGACCAAAAAAGGUCAAGGUCAACGGAUGGGUGGCGGCAAAGGGUCCAUCGACCACUACGUGUUCCCCCUGAAGGCGGAGAGGAUGAUCAUCGAGGUCGGCGGCGAGUGCGAGUUUGUCGAGGUCUACCCCAUGUUGAAGGCGAUCCAAAAGAUCCUGCCGUUCCGGUCACGCGUGGUGACCCACGAGAGUCUGGCAGAGCGAGAGACGCGGGAGAAGCUGGAGGAGGAGAGGAACCUGAACCCGUUCACCUUCAAGUACUGCGCGCAGAACAACGUGAUGGGCUGCCAGAAGUUCCUCAAUCGCUACGACAACAUGUGGUACGGGAAGUACCGGUGAUGGUGGCGCUCAUAUGACCUUAUGCAGUUGCGAGCGCCGUAAAAACUCUGCUAAACCUAAAAAAACAGGUGAUGAGGAUGAGGAUAAUUGUGGUAGUGAUAUUGCCGACAGAUGAUAGAGGAAGAUGAUAAUGAUGAUAAUGGUGGUUGUGGUGCAGAUGGUUUUGACGUGAGUUUGAUGAUGAGGAAGAUGAUGAUGAUUUUUUUUGUUUCCUUAAUGGGCCUGGUGGACUCCACGAAGAAAUCUUCGAGCGAGAGCCUGACUCUUUUUCGGCUCCAUUGUCAUUAUACUUAGAGGCACUUCCACUUGUCCAAAUAACUCCAUUCGAAUUGCCAUAGUUCCUGGACAUUCAAACAUACGUGUUUGACAUCUUCCUUUUCAUGCAGCAUGAUGAUAGUAGUGAUGUAAGGAUGUGAGUAGGGUGCUGUGUUGUUAUUAAUGGCUGUUGUGUGUGAGUGUAGUAUAUAAUAUGUGAGUUGAAAAUAAAAGUUGUAGUAAUGAAUGUGA